AUGACUUCGCCAGCUCGUUUAGAAGAGGGCCAUGAGAUGGAUGCAAUCACCGGUAGCAGCGGAGAGCCUGGAACCGGGAACAAUAACACCGGGUAUGAAAACUUUCGUGGAGACUCUGAACUUAAAAAUGGAGUGCCCAGAGGUUGGCCUUCUAUUGCCGCUGCCCAAUUAUACUAUCCCAACCUCAGCAUUCAUCGACGCUUCUCCUACCUUUUACAUCGGGUCCUCUUAGACCAAGAAACGAAACUUGCGUACCUCGAAAAUCAACUAGAAAGGCUCGAUAACGAAGACAAUGAAAGAAAUGCUGCCAGAUUGAGAUCGCUGUCGUUUGAUCGAGAAACAUUACUCAUCAGCCACACUCGAGUUCAGGCCCAAUCCCAGCCUGUUCCCACCCCGACGACAUCCAAAGGAGCAGAUGAGGAGCAAAGGGAUACGAACGAAUAUAGCCCGUGGAAUAACAAAGACCUCAUCCUGGAAUCCGCAAUGCUGAGAUUGAAGAGCUAUGACGAGCUACUCCUGCUCGGCAAAGAAAUGCAGAAGCUGCCACGCAUCUCUAGAAGAGAGCAUAGGGUGUUCUUCGACGUGGUGAAUAACCGCCAUCCGCUCGAUGCAUCGGCAUGCCAGUUUCUAUAUUCGAACGAUGACUUCGUUACUACGGUCACCGACCGUGUGCAUCAGUACUUCGAGACAUUAAUCUACGGGGAUACACCCAUCACAAAACUCACUAAGAGAAUCUUUGGGCGAAAGGACGAAAUCGACACCCGGAUUUUGACCGUGUUCCUCAAGGUCGUGGUAGUAUUCGCGAGCGGAGUGCUGCUGCUUUCUCCCGUUGCUAUACUUCUUCUCGUGAGCCUAUCCAGGGCCGAAUCCUUCGUAGUCGUGGUCGCUUUCGAUUUCGCAUUCGUAGCUGCCUUGACUUGGUUGAAGUGCAAUUGGGAAACCAUCCUCGUCGGUCUAAGCGCGUACAUGGCGGUACUUGUCACGUUUCUCUCGAACCUUGAGCAGGGGAAGACUUAA